UUAAUCUACUUCUGCUAAGCCAUAAAAGCCCGCACAAGAAUAACUCCGUAGCUAGUGGUCGCAUAAUUUACGCGCGAUUCUCACAAUUAUCAAAGUUACUUUCGAACAGCUGCUACAGAGAUGUCGAGUUCGAAUCCAUCAUUGCAGUCCGUUAACUCUGUGGUGCUCUAUCGCGAGUUCUGGUUGUGUUGGCACGCAGUCGGCAUCUCAACCGCAUACCAGAAGCACCUCUGCGCUCUCUACGACCUGCUCAUAAACGUGCUGGUGACAAUCUUCUAUCCAAUACAUUUGAUUGUCGGUCUCUUCCUCAAUCCAACGCCAGCAGAUCUCUUCCAAAAUCUGUCAAUUACCAUUACCUGCUUCGUCUGCAGCGUGAAGCAUUACUUACUGCGUCGUAAAUUACCGCAAAUACGCGUCGUACAAGCGUUGCUGGCCGACCUGGAUAAGCGCGUGGAGGAUGCGGAGGAGCGCGCAUACUUCGAGCAGCAGCUUGUUGUUGGCGCUAAGAAUGUGGUGAAAUUGUUUUCCAUCGCCUAUGGUGGCGCAAAUAUGGCAGCAAUUUCAGCCACGCUGCUCAGCAAGGAACGCCGUCUCAUGUACCCCGCAUGGCUGCCGUUCCAAUGGCAGGCCAGCACGUUCAGCUACUGCGCUGCGGUCAUUUAUCAGAUUGCCGGUGUUACAAUACAAAUCGUGCAGAAUCUAGCCAACGACAUUUACCCACCGAUGAGUCUCUGCAUUAUUGCCGGGCAUGUGCAUCUGCUGGCGUUGCGCGUGGCCAAGGUGGGCAGGGACGGCAAGAAAUCGUUGAAGCAACAUAAUCAGUCGUUAAUCGAAUGCAUCGAAGAUCACAAGAAACUGGUGCGCAUCUUUGAACUGACGCAGGAGACGCUCUCGCAGGCGCAGCUGGCGCAGUUCAUUUCCAGCGGCCUGAAUAUGUGCAUAGUGCUGUUCUAUUUGAUUUUCUAUGUGGACAACGUGUUCUCCUACAUUUACUACGCCGUUUACUUCGUCAGCAUGGCCAUUGAGUUGCUGCCGAGCUGCUUCUAUGGCAGCAUGUUGAUUUAUGAGUUCCAGCAGCUGCCGUCGGCCAUCUUCAAGUGCGGCUGGCUCGGACAGUCGCGCGAAUUCUAUCAGAACCAACGCAUUUUCGUGCAGCUUACAUUGAAAGAGAUUGUUCCUUUGGCAGGUGGCGUUAUCGGCAUACAGCUGAAUUCUUUUCUGGGCACCUGCAAAAUGGCCUAUUCGUUGUAUACGGUGUGCAAUCGCAUGAAAUAGUCAAUGUUCGGCUACUGACGAAUUAUAGAUUAUGUAUAAUUUUAAAGUCUUUAUGUAAGUUUUUGUUAAAACUUGUUCGACCUUACCCUACAAAAGCAUCCAAAGCACCUGCUGUUCUCACAUUCCACAGACGCCGUCAUCAGCUGCAUUAGACCUUCCUCAAUAAGCGGCAGCUGAAACAAAUAUUGCAUCACACAAAGUUCCUAGCGGAAUUUAUUGAAAUUCGAAUAUGAAUUUCUACAAUAGUCAAGCAAUCAAAAUUGCAAUCAAAGCGGCGCCAAAAUGCAAAUUCAAUUGAAUUUCAAAUGCGCGUAGCUAAAAUAGUUCUCAAUAGACUUACCUGCGGUGAAAACUGAAAACGCAAAACUUUAUUGUACUAACGCAACAAAAAUAGAAAAAAAAAAUAUGUUAAAACCAUUGAAAUGCAAUUUUUAAAAUGUCUGGGAAAGUGAGAACAAAGAUAUUUCACGUACAUACAUAUAUUAUUAUUCUCUGUAUAAACAAGUUCUUAUGAAAGUGGCAAAAAAAGAAAAACAAAAACAAACAACAUUUGGAAUGCGAUUAACUAAAUUCCUUCAUUGAAAACAUUCGAUUAAGCUAAUACAAACAGUGAAAAUAUAUGUGUACUUAUGUGUGCAUAAGAAUAUUUAUUUCAAAACGUACAGAAACAAUAUGUGCAAUGCAAAGAAAAACAUUUUAAA